UCUUUCCCGGGUCUUCCCACCUUCAAACUUCCCUCUCUCUCUCUCUAUUGAAGCCUCAAAACCCUUCAAAAUUUCCCCCAAAAACAUUCACAACCCAAUCCAAUCUCAUCUCUCUCUCUCUCUCUCAACCCACAAAUGGAGAACAAAUUCCAUGGCUUGCCUCCUCUCAAAAGAUUCAAGCUUAUGCGGCAACAACAAGAAGAAGAACGACUCGAAGACACCGUCUUGGUUUCAUCACAUCUUCCAGCAAAAAAGAGAAGAAUGCGAGUUCAACCACUCACACACCAUUUCUGUUUGCCUGCCAAGAAAAGGGUUUUUGCAUUUCACCCCAAUUUCAUCCCAGAAAAACCCAUUUCACCAUUCGACCUCAACAUCGAAUACAACCCACAAUCUAACGACGAAGAAAGCGAUUCACAAGAAGUAAAUGAUGUUCCAAUUGCAACUGAUAGCAAUAACAGCAUUCAAAUCACUGAAGAUUGCCCAGAGAAAGCACAAGAUGAGGAAGAAGAUGAAGACGAAGAUGAAGAUGGGAUUGAAUGUGCUGUAUGUCAAAGCACAGAUGGAGAUCCAUCAAACCCAAUUGUGUUCUGUGAUGGUUGUGACCUAAUGGUCCACACCACUUGCUAUGGCUCACCCCUCACAAAGGGUGUCCCAGAAGGUGAUUGGUUCUGUACCCAAUGCUUAUCCUCCUCUAAAUCACCCCAAACUGGGGAUAAAAAGUCCUUCUCUUGCUGUCUCUGCCCGGUCGCCGGUGGUGCCCUAAAGCCCACCAUCCACGGCCGGUGGGCUCACCUUGUAUGUGCCCUUUUUGUUCCUGAGGUGUUCUUCACUGACCCAGAUGGAAGAGAUGGGAUUGAUUGUUCUAAGGUUCCUAAGAGAAGGUGGGAACAGAGUUGUUAUGUUUGUAAAUGUGCAAAAGGGUGUGCUAUUGAUUGUUCUGAGCGCAAGUGUGAAAUGGCCUUUCAUGUGACUUGUGGGUUGAAGGAAGAGCUUUGUAUUGAGUACAGAGAAGGAGGGAGGAACAAAGGGGGUGGUGGUGUUGUUGCUGGGUUCUGUAAAGACCAUAGUGAGCUGUGGAAGAAGGAACAACAAACAGGGAAGUUCAAGAUUGUGGCUAGGGAUGAGCACAAGAAAUAGCAAGAUCUUGUGAGGUUCAAUGGUUUUUAUUAUUAUUAUUAUUAUUUUGUUUUUUUGUUGCUAGAAAUUUGGAAAUGGGGUUUAGAGAUGUUUCUUAUUCUAGUUUAGUUAUUUUGGUGUAGUUCUGUGUUAGGAUGAUUUUUAUGCAUGUGGUAUCAUGGAUAUUGAUUCAAUGUUGGUUGAUAUUUUGCAUUUUGUUCUUUGAA